CUAGAAUCUCUCUGCUACUUCAAAUAGCCAAAACACAGGCUCCAUUUCUUGCUUGUUUUUGUUUUCAAAUGUAUGGCACCAAAAGCAACUAAACAUCAACCUCUAAGAAUUGUGCAGCUUAACCCUUGUUGUAGUUCCUGGAUGGGUUUGCGUCUACUUCUUCUGCUGGUUUUCUUAGUAGUAGUUGCCUCUGCAAGCUCAAACACUUCCAAGAUUGUCACAACUCUACCUGGCUAUACCGGUGAGCUUCCCUUUACGCUUGAAACCGGAUACAUUGGUGUGGGCGAUAAUGAGACCGUACAAGUGUUUUACUAUUUUGUUGAGUCCCAAAGGAGCCCUUCAAGGGACCCCCUUAUGUUAUGGAUGAGUGGAGGCCCUGGUUGCUCCGGUCUUGCUGGUAUCUUUUUUGAAAGUGGUCCUGUAACCUUCAAACUUGGAGAUUACAAUGGGAGCCUACCAACACUUCAGGAUAACCCAUUUGCGUGGACACAAAGCCUCAACAUCAUAUAUAUGGAUGGACCAGUUGGGACUGGAUUCUCUUAUUCAGAGAGCUUAGAUGGCUAUAUUACAGGCGAUUACAAAUUUGUAGCACAAACCUAUGAAUUUCUACAAAAGUGGUUGAAUGAGCACCCUCAAUUUUUGGAAAAUCAACUCUAUGUUGGUGGUGAAUCGUAUUCUGGCUUACUUAUACCAAUACUUGUGCAACAGAUACUGUUAGGUAAUGAAGCUGGAAUUGUGCCAAUGAUUAAUCUCAGCGGGUAUGUGCUUCAGAACCCAGCGACAGAUUCAUUCAUUGACACAAAUGCAAGAAUCCCUUAUGCUCAUCGUCUGAGUCUCAUAUCAGAUCAACUCUAUGAGUCAGCCAAAUCAAGCUGCAACAGCAUUUAUGUAGAUAUAGAUGCUAGCAAUUAUCAAUGCUCAUCAGAUGUUGAUGCUAUCGAUGAGCUGACAAGUAGUAUCAACUCAUUGCACAUUUUGGAACCAUAUUGUACUAAUGGAAUCCCAGAACCAAAUGAAGAUGUAGAGUCAGUUCGAAGAUCUCUCUCAGAGAAAUCUAGUCAUGCACAUUGGUGCCGUAGCUAUAAUCAUAUGCUCUGCUACGUCUGGGCGAAUAAUGAAGGUGUUCAAGAAGCUCUUGGAGUUCGACCGGGGACCAAAACCUUUUGGCAAUACUGUAAUACCUCCUUAGCUUACACCAAGGAGGUCACCAGUGUUGUUGGCUAUCAUCAAAAUCUCACCAAUGCUGACCUACGAGCUUUGAUAUACAGUGGUGACCACGACAUGUCAGUUCCACACAUUGGCACACAAAAAUGGAUAAAUUCUCUCAAUUUAAGUACAGACGAAAGCUGGAGAGUAUGGUCUCUCAAUGGUCAAACUGCAGGGUGGGUUUCAAAGUUUGCAAACCUCUUAACAAUUCCCCCCACCCCCCUCUUUUUUUAUCUUCUAAUCAGGAGCCUGAACCAUGUUCUCUCUCACACGAACUUGCAGGGAGCAGGCCACAUUGCUGCUGAAUACAAGGUCAAUGAGUGUGCUGCCAUGAUAGAUAGGUGGAUGGCUUAUUUCCCUAUUUAAGUGUGACUUGUUGAAAUUUUUUGGUAAUCUAACAUUGUAAAAGCAUGUCUGCUCACAAUGAAAUUUUUGGAACUUCAAAAGUUAGUGCAGGAUAAAGAGAAAAGUUUCUAGCACAAA